AUGGCGGCCAUGGACACUCCGCGGGCCGUUGAUCUUGUGCGCACCGCCUCGCAGAACUCGACCCUGUCCAACCCCAGGAACCGCAGCAUCCAGCGCGUCCGCCCCUCGAAGCGCACGUCGAAUGCAUCGCUGAGUCGCAGCCGUAGUAGGGCGCAUUCUCCUGCCGAGGACACCAAGAGCCUCACCUCGUUCCCCUCGCUGUCGCCUAGUCCCGAGCCCUCGCCCAUACAGUCGCGUGUCAAUGGUUGGUUCAGGGCUGCAGUAGCCCCAGAGGAGACAGUCAGGGCUGCAGAGGCUAAGACAGUCCCAUCGCUGGACACGGUCAAAACGAUUUCGCCGCCAGAUCUGGGCAAGACUGUCGGGCCUACCUCGACCGUGCGCAAGGUCACCAAGUCGACACAGCAGAUAGUGGGCACUCUCGUGGCCGCUGCUUCGGCAAAGGAUCGCUCAGCCCUCUUCGAUGACACGCCGGCGGAAUCAGCAGAAGUUCCGGGCAACCUCCACUUCGCCAGCGACGAGAACAUCAAGGACGCCAUUAAGCAGAGUGGUGCCGUUGCGCUCGUCAAGCAGUUGGCCGGCGACCUUGCCCAACGAGAUGCACAAAUCACCGCAUUGCGAAGGCGAGCCGAGGAGCGAGAAAGGGUGUUGAAGAGGAUGUUACAGGAAUGCGAGGUGUCAAAUAUGGACAUUGAAAAUAGAUUACGAGAGCUGGACAAGGGCAAGGAUCAGUCCCACGACCUCACCAAAAUUAGAACUAGGGGAGAUAGCGCGGUGACUGGGUUGCAUCCUGAUGACCCAAUGGAGGACCGGCUAGCCAGAGCUAUGGAAGACGAAUUGGCCGAGCAUCCUGAUGCCCUAGGUAUGGAUUCUGGGAACGCAGUACCCAUGGCCGACGUCCUGUCAAUCAACUCGGCCGCCUCUGAUGCGCCUCGUGAGACAGGAAGAGGGAAUUGGAAGACCUUCAUUUGGAGUGGAACGAGUAGGAAAAGCAGUAGAGCUCCCUCUGUUGCGAGCUUGGUUGACCGAGACGCAGAGAGUGUUGCAGGGCAGAGUCGACCACGGGCAUCAAGCAACGCAAAUGCAAAACCCCCACGGAAAGCAUUAGCCAAUGAUCUUUUUGUCCCUCCUACGGGCGCUGUACCCGCAUUGCGCAGGCUUCAUAGCCAGGACCAUACUACGGAAUCAUCAACGCGUCGGUCAUCAUCGUCUUCAACAUCCCUGGCCACUUGGGCGCUGAAGAUGGUCGCUGGUAAUAGCAUGACGAACAACAACAAAGGCGGCACUGUACGAGGGCGUAAAAGCAUAGCCUCGGAAUCCGUGGAUCGCACAACUUCCAUCGACUCCACCAGGACAGCUCAAUCUGCCAAGUCUACAUUAACAAAUACACAGAGGAGAGCACGAGCACUGGGUCCGAAUGGCACUAUCAAAAGCAUCAACGUGGAUGCGUCAAAGAGUGUUUCGAAUGGCGCUGGACCGAUGGCACCGACUCGCGGUGCAAGCAAUCUUGGGCCGGUGGAGAUGGAUCGCAUUCUACCCGAAGACUCUCGUCCGCCGACGUUGGUACAACACCAUAACAAAUUCACAACUUCGAAUAACGAGUACCUGACUGAUCGCUUCGGCUUCAUCUACGAUCAGCGAAGGAAGAAGAGACAGAGCGAAGCUGCGGCUGAACUGGUCAAGCAGAAACGAAGCAGCAAUGUUGAAUCGUUGGGAGAUACACGCGUAUUCAAAAGCCUCGGAGAAGAUGGAGGAAAAGAUGAUGCGAUUCCCUCUCCUGCUGAUCCAAACGAGUCUGGGACACGGCCAUCGAGCUCUGGAUCAGACAACCAGCCUAGUCAGCCUACCAGUAAGACAUGGGUAGACUACCUCAAAUUGGCCACUCAUCCAACUGAGUUGCUCUCGCACACGCCCUCUGUUGCGCCGAUUACAACAGUGGAGGCCCCCGAAGUCGAGAGUUCUGCGUUGAAGAUCAGUCAAGGGCAAAUCACUUUAACUAAGCGCGGUUCACUACCAACGACUAGUGUCAACCCAGAACCUUCUCCUUCGCGUAUCAUAUCUGGAAAUGCUGAGCUAUCUACUGUUGCUCCUUCACCUGGACCAGCUACGCCCAUCAGUCCAUACCCGCCGCCAAUCGACCCUGUCAGAUCACUCCUCGACCAGAUGAGCGAGCUGCAUGACAACUUGCAAAAAGAGCGUACGGUCAAGUGGAAUGAAUUCCUACGCAAGGUCCGCGCUCACAAUAAGCGAGAUGGGGAUGUGGCUAGUACGGAGGGAGGGACAAAAGGCCUUGCCAUGCCCGAAACAUACCUUGCUGAUGGCGAGAUUGUUGGUAUCGCAGGCCUAGGCAACAAGGGCAAGGUCGGACGCGCCAAGUGGCAAGAAUUUCGACGGCUCGUCUUGGGUGGUAUCCCAGUAGCCAUGCGAGCGAAAGUAUGGGCAGAAGCAAGUGGCGCCGCAACUUUACGUGUACCAGGCUAUUACGAGGAUCUUGUCAACAAUGGUGAAGACGAUCCCAUCAUUGCGACGCAGAUUCAAAUGGACAUCACACGCACCCUCACAGACAACAUCUUCUUUCGCACUGGUCCCGGCGUGCAAAAGCUCAACGAAGUGCUUCUGGCAUACUCUCGUCGCAACCCCGUCGUCGGCUACUGUCAAGGCAUGAACCUCAUCGCCGCAUGUCUUCUCCUCAUCAUGCCCACUACUGAAGACGCCUUCUGGGUCCUCGCCACUAUGAUCGAAGACAUUCUUCCACAGCACUAUUACGACCAACACCUCCUCACCUCCCGCGCCGAUCAGACUGUGCUUCGCGCCUUCGUCAGCGAGAUUCUUCCCCGCCUAUCCGCUCACCUCGACCAGCUGGAGAUUGAGCUCGAAGCCCUAACCUUCCAAUGGUUCCUCUCCGUCUUCACAGACUGUCUAUCGGCCGAGGCGCUCUUCCGCGUCUGGGACAUUGUCCUCUGUAUGCACGACGGGUCGACGUUCCUAUUCCAAGUCGCUCUCGCCCUGCUGAAGUUGAACGAGAAGGCGCUCUUGCGAUGCGACACAGCCGCCGGUGUAUACCACUACAUCAACCACCAGAUGACCAACCACGCCAUCUCCAUCGACGGCCUCAUCCAAGCCUCGGACGCCCUGGGCAAAGUCAUCAAGCGCAAAGACGUCGAGGAGCGCCGCGCCCGCGCCGUCGCACACGAACAAGAGCUCAUGAAGCAACGCGACGAGGCGCGCCAGGAACGUGCGCGCAAACGCGCGAACAAGUCUUCGGCCGAUAGCGUCGUCUCUACGUCUGCGCCGGCUGGGGACAGCGAGGAGGACGGAAAGAGUCUGUCGGCUAGCCUGGAUGCAGAGUUGUCGUUACAAACGAGUCCUAUGCGCACGCCCAGGUCGAGCAAAAGUCAGAGGAGCGAGGAUGAAGAGGAGGCUGAGUAUUUGAAUUCGAGCCUCGAGUCGACGGAUCGGACGCCGAUGCCAUUGGAGGAGGAGUGUUUGUGGAGGGCGUAG